UUAUUUGUUGUCGCUUUUCCGCGAUGCUGAUUGGUUGUCUCGCUGCGCUUACUUCGCGUAAGCGGCUGUGACAUUGCAUUUUGACAGUUGUGUGUAUUGAGGUUGACGUAAUUGUAAAUUAUAGUAAGAAGUGUUAAAUAGUAAAUUAAAAAACUGAAUUACCUUGUUUUGUUUAUUUCGAGUGGAAAGCUGGAUUUUAGAGGGAUCGCAAAUAGUGCAGAUUGCGUGCACUCUCAUGUAAAUCGGCCAUUCGGAGAAUCGACGAUUAUAUCACCCUCUCGUGGCGCGACGCCUUCCUCGUAAAAACCAAUCAUCCGGAGCAGAGCUUGAGAAAUCGUACAAGUUUCCGCUUGUUCUUCCAGACCUUUCAGAACGUAUUCGAGCCUCCGCGUGGCGAGUGACCGAUGACAGCGCGAGAUUGAUGUCGAUCGAGCACGCAAAUUGCAUGGUGAUCAAAGUCCAGCCUUCCGCCAACGUCACAAGUCGUUAGUUGACGAUCCGAGACGAGGUGCAUACAUCGGUGACGAAAUCGGUAGCAAAAAAACGCUGAGUCAAUCGACAUAAUCGUUGUUUGUCGAGGAACGGCGAUCACGAGACUCGCACGAGUUUCAUCGACGAAACGGGAAAAUAAUAAUAACGGGAACAUAGAGGCACACUCGACGUUCGACGAGAUGGCAGCCAAGGACAGCAAAGACGACACCGCCUCUUCGGCCGGCAAGCUCUUCACGCGGGCGCAAGUGGAGAAGCAUUCCGAUAGUUCCAGGGAUACGUGGAUCAUUAUUCACAAUAAUGUCUACAAUGUCUCCUCCUUUCUCAAUGAGCAUCCCGGUGGCGAGGAGGUACUCCUGGAGCAAAACGGACAGGACGCCACGGAAGCUUUCGAAGAUAUUGGACAUUCAACUGACGCCAGGCAAAUGAUGGAAUCAUAUAAAAUCGGAGAAUUGGUAGAGGCAGAUAGGAAGAAUGAGACCAAGAAGCCUAAAGAUUGGACUAGUCCAAAUGAAGAGAGUUCCAGUUCUUGGUGGUCAUGGUUGAUUCCAAUCGCCCUUGGGGUGCUCGCGACCAUCGUCUAUCGCAACUUUAUCAGCGCACAUUAAAGCAUUCCGAGCCUUUUUUUCAUGUUACUUGUUAAUAACUGUAUAUGUAUACAUAUGUAUCAAUGAAUUGUACAUUUUUUCCGAAUGUAUGUCGCACACCGUUGUUACGCUAUGAACCAAAUAAUGCAUUUUCUGGCCUAAAGUUUAAAAGCGCGAGAGAAAGAGGGAUUAGAGAGGAAACAGUCGACGAUGUAUUAUAUAAUGAUAUACGUAAAUAACGCGCAUUUAUAUAUUUAUAUGUAUACAUUUGUACACACGGUAUAUAUAUUCAUAUGUACAUGUAGCGUUUCAUGCGCGACGUCGUUUUCCAGAUUGGCGAAAUAAAUUAAUUUAAUUCCUUAGAAA